GCCUCAGCUCCUCACGCGCCGCUUUCCCAGCCCACAUCCCGCGCCGCCGGGAGUCCUGGCGGCCAACGCUGUGCGCGAGCGGAGGCAGCAGCCAGAGGAGGAGCCGCGGACGCUGAGAAGAGAAGGCGAAUCCCAGUGAGGGAAGUGACUUGACCAUCUUACUGAGCUGGUCAGUGCAGAAGCAGAAGCUGGGAGGAGGAGCCCCUGACUGCCCACCUGGUGCUUUUCCCCUCAGGCACAUUUCCUCUUUCUCCACUGGAGUAAAGAUAAAAGUUUUCCUGUCAUUCACAGAAAAAUGGAUCAUUUAAACCUUUGGAGGACUCAGUUAUCACAAUACUUCUAUACUACCAACUGAGAUUCAUGACAGUAAAUUUAUGACCAUAAAUGUCUGCAUCAUAGAACUGCUGAAGAACUAAAAGAGAAUAUUCUUUAAUCUUCUUAAAAUUUAUUCCUAAAAAUAAUCCUAUAGUAUCAUGAUAUUACUAAAUUAAACUAGAAGGCACAAUUAUUAAAUUAUUAGACUUGUUAAUAAGAGCACACAUGUGCAACGGCUACUGUAUCCUGACAGUUACCAAACCUCAAAUUUUGAUGAUUUCCCUUUGUGGGAAAGGUCAUUAUAUUUACAAGAAACCACUGAACAUUGUCAUCAAAUAUAUUUUCAGCUGAGUGUCAUUUAGGAGAAUUUACUUGAAACAAGUUCUAGAAAAUUCCACGCCCCACCACUAAGUGGAUUUGAUAUUAUGGCAGCAACUUACAGACUUGUGGUUAGUACUGUGAACCACUACAGCAGUGUGGUGAUAGACCGGCGUUUUGAGCAAGCUGUACAUUAUUGCACUGGAACCUGCCACACCUUCACACAUGGAGUUGACUGCAUUGUGGUCCAUCAUAGUGUUUGUGCAGACCUCUUACACAUCCCUGUGUCUCAGUUCAGAGAUGCAGAUCUGGACUCUCUGUUUCUACCCCAUGAAAAUGGGUUUUCCUCAGCUGAAGGUGACUAUCCCCAUCAGGCCCUCACAGGCAUACCCAGGGUCAGGAAAGGAUCUACAUUUCAGAACACCUGUAACUUAAAGGACAUUGCAGGAGAAGCAAUCAGUUUUGCCAGUGGGAAAAUAAAAGAAUUUUCCCUUGAAAAACUCAAAAACUCUAACCACGCAGCUUACAGAAAGGGAAGGAAAGUUAAGUCUGACUCAUUUAACAGGAGGUCAGUUGAUUUUGACUUGCUCUGUGGCCAUUAUAACCAUGAUGGGAACUCCCCAUCCUUUGGUUUACUCCGGAGUUCCUCAGUUGAGGAAAAAUCUUUAUCCCAUAGAAACUCACUUGAUACGAACCUGACUUCAUUGCUUCUUCACAACUUCUCUGAAGAAGACCUGGUUACUCAGAUUUUGGAAAAACAUAAAAUAGAUAAUUUUUCUUCUGCAACAGACAUAAAGAUGUGCUUAGAUAUCUUGCUAAAAUGCUCUGAGGAUUUGAAAAAAUGCACAGACAUCAUAAAACAAUGUAUAAAGAAAAAGUCAGGGAGUAGCAUCAAUGAAGGAAAUGGUAAUGAUGCAAUUUCUAGCUCUGAAACUGUCUAUAUGAAUGUAAUGACCAGGUUAGCAUCCUAUCUGAAAAAGCUACCAUUUGAAUUCAUGCAGUCUGGGAAUAAUGAGGCUAUAGAUUUAACAGAACUGGUCAGUAAUAUGCCUAGUUUACAACUGACUCCCUUCUCCCCAGUAUUUGGCACUGAACAGCCCCCUAAGUAUGAGGAUGUUGUCCAGCUCUCAGCCCCUGACUCUGGACACUUUCAAACUAUAGAAUUGCAAGAUGACAAGCACAGUUCUAGGAAAACAGACACUGUAAAAUCCAUUCCAAAGAACUCUACAAAUUCCUUGUGUAAUUUAGAGAUAAGUGAUCCCAGACCUCUAAAAAAUGUCCAGCUUCAAUCACAGUCAUUAACCAUGAACGCUUUAGAAAAUGUUUCUUCUGGUAAUCUAAUGGAAACCCUUUAUAUUGAGGAAGAGUCAGAUGGAAAGAAAGCAUUAGAUAAAGGACAGAGGACAGAAAAUGGACCCAGUCAGGAGUUGUUAAAGGUAAAUGAAGAUAGAGCAGAAUUAUCAGAUCGUGGUACUCAUCUUAAAAAAUGCCCUGCCUCAAUGCAAAAUGAAAUUGGUAAGAUAUUUGAGAAACCAGUUGUUAAUCUACCUGAGGAAGAUCUUAAAUCAAAAGUUCCUAAAUUUGAAGAGGGAAACCACAGAGAUUUUAUGAAUCCUAACAGUCAGGAAGAGAUAGAUAAAUUGUUAAUGGAUUUGGAAUCUUUCUCACAGAAAAUGGAGACCGCUCUAAGAGAGCCACUUGCCAAAGGUAAAAGCUCUGUCUCUCUAAAUAGUCAUAGUCAGUUGACUGGUCAGCUCCCUGUAGAUCUUGAGCCUAAAUCUAAAGUCUCUUCACCCACGGAAAAAGUCUCACCUUCCUGCCUAACAAGGAUUAUUGAAACCAACGGACACAAAAUAGAGGAAGAGGAUCGAGCCCUCUUACUGCGAAUUCUAGAAAGCAUUGAAGACUUUGCUCAAGAACUGGUUGAAUGCAAAUCAGGCAGAGGGAGCCUAUCACAAGAAAAAGAGAUGAUGCAAAUUCUACAAGAAACCUUGACAACUUCCUCGCAGGCCAGUUUAUCAGUCUGUAGAAGUCCUGUUGGUGAUAAAGCCAAUGACACUUCCUCAGUGGUUUUGAUUCAGCAGACCCCAGAGGUGAUCAAGAUUCAAAGUAAACCAGAAAAGAAACCUGGAACACCACUUCCACCUCCAGCCACCUUUGCAAGUAGCCCCCAACCUCUCUCCCCUGUUCCUCAUGUGAAUAAUGUUGUGAAUGCAACAUUAUCCAUAAACAUUCCACGGUUCUACUUCCCUGAAGGACUCCCCGAUGCCUGCAGUAAUCAUGAACAGACUCUAAGCAGAAUUGAAACUGCUUUCAUGGAUAUUGAAGAUCAGAAAGCAGACAUUUAUGAAAUGGGAAAAAUUGCAAAGGUCUGUGGCUGUCCUCUUUAUUGGAAAACCCCCAUGUUCAGGGCUGCAGGGGGAGAGAGGACAGGAUUUGUGUCAGCACAGUCAUUCAUUGCCAUGUGGAGAAAGUUGCUGAGUAACCAUCAUGAUGAUGCCUCUAAGUUUAUUUGUCUUCUUGCAAAGCCCAGCUGCAGCUAUCUAGAACAGGAUGAUUUUAUUCCUUUACUUCAGGAUGUGGUAGAUACGCAUCCUGGCCUCACGUUCCUGAAAGAUGCUCCAGAAUUCCACUCCCGCUACAUCACCACGGUUAUUCAGAGAAUAUUCUACACAGUCAACAGAUCUUGGAGUGGAAAAAUUACUGCAACAGAGAUAAGAAAAAGCAACUUUUUGCAAACUCUAGCGCUUUUGGAAGAAGAGGAAGAUAUAAACCAAAUCACAGAUUAUUUCUCCUAUGAACACUUCUAUGUUAUUUAUUGUAAAUUCUGGGAACUAGAUAGUGAUCAUGACCUCUACAUCAGCCAGGCCGAUCUGUCUCGAUACAAUGACCAGGCUUCAUCAAACAGGAUUAUUGAAAGGAUAUUCUCUGGGGCAGUAACAAGGGGAAAAACAGUACAGAAGGAGGGAAGAAUGAGCUAUGCAGAUUUUGUUUGGUUUCUGAUUUCUGAGGAAGACAAAAGGAACCCCACCAGCAUUGAGUACUGGUUCCGCUGCAUGGAUGUGGAUGGGGAUGGUGUGCUCUCCAUGUACGAGCUGGAAUACUUCUACGAGGAGCAGUGUGAACGGAUGGAAGCCAUGGGCAUUGAGCCCUUGCCAUUCCAUGAUUUGCUGUGCCAGAUGCUUGACCUGGUGAAGCCAGCCAACGAUGGCAAAAUAACUCUACGAGAUCUGAAGAGAUGCAGAAUGGCUCACAUCUUUUAUGACACUUUCUUUAAUCUGGAGAAAUACUUAGACCAUGAACAGAGAGAUCCCUUUGCAGUCCAGAAGGAUGUUGAGAAUGACAGUCCUGAGCCCUCUGACUGGGACAGGUUUGCUGCUGAGGAAUAUGAGACCCUUGUAGCAGAGGAGUCUGCCCAAGCACAGUUCCAGGAAGGCUCCUUUGAAGAUUAUGAAACAGAGGAACCUGCCUCUCCCUCUGAAAUUGGAAACAAAGGCAAUAAAAUAGUGACCUCAAGCCUUUCAGAGAAAUGUGGAAAGCUUCAAUCAGUGGAUGAAGAAUAGCUGCCAAUGUCUACAUGAAAGGGAGAUAUGUAUUUUAAAUGUUUUUUUCUUGUGAAGAGAUGCUGUAGUUUGCAUAUUGCUUUUUAAAGGCUUUGAUUUCUGCAAGUGCGUUAUCUGCAGCACUAGGAAUUUUUUAACGUUUUUGAGCAAUAGCUCUGGAUACACAUACCCAGUUUGGGAGACUCCUCCAAUUUGCCUCAAACCUCUUACAGAGCUUUUCCUCAGAAGCAAGUAAGAUAUACAUCACCUUCCAACGUCUGUGAAUCAGCACUCUUCACCCCUGAAUGUACCAAGGAUCUCUUGGGGACAGUGCCAAGCACAGUUCUCUGCACAAAAGCAGGAGUUGCCUCUGUUGUCCAGCAUCCCUGAGGCCCAUCAGGGCUCCUAUGGAGCCCAGAAGAAACCUUCACUUGCAGAAAACUUGAGUCAAAAAAUUCUGGAACUUGAAAAAGCAGUCAGGGCCUCCAGAACUGAAUUAGCCCUGGUAAUAAAAGCACUGCCAAAACAUCUCAGAGACUUCUUUUAAUUGUAUGUGUACUGGAGUUCAAAGAUCUUGAACUUAGUUUAAUCUAAUUUCACAAUGACCUGCCAAACUGCUAGUCACUUUACAUCCUCAGGUAUUGUAACCACUGGGCCUUCCAACCUUGCUGGCAAGCUCUAAAUAAUCCCUCCCCAUCCUGACUGUGGAUCUUAUGUAAAAUCUGAAGAAAAACUUGUUAACUGAAGUACAGAAUAUGACUCAUACUUGGGGGGG